CUGGCCGGACCAGUCCGCCGCCACACGCGUCAUCGUUGUGGAUGGCGGCCCCGUUCUCGAAAGAACCGGUGCGCGUGGUCCGAAUAUCGUCACUCGACUGCUGUUGGCGGCUACGGAGUGAGCAGCGAAAAAUGAACACGUGGCUACUUGUGACCUCCUGCAUCCUACUCAAACGUGUUGGCUCCGCAGAGGGUGCCGUCCAAGGUGGAAACUCCUCGGCUGUGGCAAUCUCUAGCGGCACCGCCGAGGAGGUGUACGGGUGUAUGUGUGUGCCCAAGGGUGAAUGCAAAGAUGACACCGUGACCGCAAAGGAAAAGCCAGCUAAGGUGGGCGCACUGAAUGAGUGUGGCCCCGAACAGGUGUGCUGCUUCCACCUGAUUGUUCGCACAGAGAAGACGGUGGAGACCCACUCCUUCCUGUUCCCGCUGCGAGAAGCACAGGUUGCCCUCGCUGAGAAAGGCGAAUUUCCGUGGCAGGCUUUGCUGUUUUCCACCACAGAAGAAUUCCUUUGCUCUGGCGUAAUAAUAGGCCCUAAAAACGUAUUGAGCACCGCAGACUGCGUUCACAAGUUCCAGGGAGAAAAGGCUUCAGAACUCUUCGUUCGCCUUGGUGUCCUGGACAGGAGUGCCUUGGAAAACUCUCCUAUUCAUCAAAAUUACACUGUAGACCAGGUGAUCGUGCAUCCCAAAUUCAGGUCGGCGCAGAUACGGAACGUGGCCGUGCUCAAGCUUCGAGAAGAGGUUGCCACUACUCCCACCAUUGGACGAGUGGUGCUGGCCAAAGCCGAGGAUGGAUCAUUCGUAGGCAAGCAGUGUGUCGUCAGCGGCUGGGGAAAGAACCUCAAGCGCGGGUCCCUGUCUUCUGUGCUCACCAAGGCGAACGUUAGCAUCGUGGAAAAGAUGGCCUGCCAAGAGAUCUUGAGAAAAACUAAACUGGGACCGUCCUUCAAGCUCGACAAAGGUUCUGUGUGCGUCAUCGGAGAGGAUGGAGCGGCUGCAUGCCAGGGAGACGAUGGUGGUCCGCUGGUGUGCAAUGCCAGCAGCGAAGAUCGGCUUGUGCUUGUGGGACUGGUGUCGUAUGGUGAGCUGCACUGCGGCCAAUUCGGAGUGCCAGCAGUGUACGCGGACGUGCUCCAGAGCAUGGACUUCAUCACUGAAGCCACGGGUCUUCCCAGAGAGCGCUUCACGAAAGCGUAGAGUGCACAGCAUCGAAAGAAGAGUGAACACGCAGGAGCCCAACGGAGCCACAUGUACGCCAUCCAUGUGGCCUCAUGGGCAUUUUUUAUGGAACAUCUUGUAAAGAAUCACUCGCUACACUUAUACUUAACCCGACUGCUGGCAGUUCGAUACCACUUUGGAAUUCUGCAAUAUAUCCUCCUCAAGAGCGGUCCACGAAUCCAGCGCUAAUGACGACCACUGACCCCGCUUUCAAAGAGCAUACCUUAAGUUUGACUAUUCGCUGAGGUGAUGGGCUGCAGCUCUUCGGUCAAUGGCUGGCGCUUCUCCUGACUAUCCAACCAUCGAUUUACCUGACAUUAUGACAGGAAUUCACGGAAGGAGAGAGUAUCGGCACUGCCCAUUUCCGUUAUCAUUGACAAGGGACUCGAAGUACACUUCUGUAUCCAAUAAUAACAUAUGUCUGAUCAGUUAGGGCAGGUUCACACAAAUUUAAAAGAUUUACUGGGUGAUUGGCCUAAUUUUUAGCGAGGCAGUUAUCAUUUCAUUAAGAUAUAUAGUCUCUCAUAAAACAACAAGUUGUUGACACAGCACCGGUAAAAAAUUUGAACAGACAAGAGAGAAGCCCUGGCAGCGCAUGCCUAGUUGAGGUGAAAUUCAUGUUGUUUACGUUGCAACAACAUGAAUAUGGGGCACGCCAUAGCAAUAAACGCCCAUAUAAUAUCACUCAUUUGGAGUUCUCUGACGCCAACCAAAGCACGUGGGAGUUGCUUGCAUUUAACCCACAUCAGAAUGCCACCGUUUUGUUCGCAAAUCGAACCCAAGACCACGAGCUUAGCAGUGUCAUACCGUAUGUCUAAUGCUACCAUGGCUGUUUGAGGUGAAGUUAGCAGUCCAUCGCCUUAACCACUCGGCCACCUCACCGACGCGUAUUUGAGGUGAAGUGAACGCGGUCGUUCAAGCGCUGAAAUGUUAUGGCAAGAAAGCACUUAAUACGCACGAACGUCAAUUGAGGUUGAACCAAGUCCACCAAAGCAGGAGGAGCCAUCAAUAAGCCAAUAAAUAAACACUUUUGUUAUUGUACACGCUGAUACAUAAGCUCUGCUGUCAUUGGACGCGUUCAUUUAUACGAUGUUCACGUACAGCACUCCAGCAUAAAAGCCUCAACCUGCAUGUGCGAUGAGAUAUGCUACAGUAAAUGUGGUGUAAAACGAGUGUCAAGAUCCUGUGAAUAAAAUAAACGAAUACAUCUCUUUGUAAUGA